AAGUAUUUUUUGUCAAAAAUGAGAUAUUCUAAGCAGGGCCCAUGCGACAUUUGGUACAUUCCUCUGUUCGCGGCGACCAUCUGGUCACGAUAAAUUGAGAACCCUUGAUGGAACACCUGAAUACUUAAUAAACGGAUAAAAUUAACAUUAAUAACGACUGUCUGUGGCCGAUCCACAUCUUAUCCGAGGACAAACGCGGUCGCUAGAUCCACGUGAUAUAUGCCUUACGAGACUUCGGCAAGAAAGGCGACUCGUCAGUUUUCCAAGUCGUUUCUCUUCAGUACAUCGAUGGAUGACACCAGAGUCAAGGAGGAGGUACCGUUCCUGCUCGAUCCGGUGCCUAGGAUGGAGCAAAAUUCGGAGGAAUAUCGCGCCGAGCCGGCGAAAAACGAGUCCGAGAACGAGAGCAAUGAGGAGGAUUACGCGCGUUCGCCUGUAUUACUAGAUCUGGAUGAGAACUCGAAGCAACAGCGGCAGAAGGCUGCGAGUCAAAAAGUGAGCUCACAAGUGAAUACGAUAUCGGCGAUGGAUCAACAUUUGCAGGAUCAAGGAUUGGUUUCAGAAGAGGCACGUUUGCAGACCGUAAGAAGCAGAUGGCAAGAAGCGAGCUUCGAGACGCGCAGCCAGCAGAAUCCCGAGGGAGUAGUUGUGAUUAGGGUGCCGGAACCGGAAAUAAUCGGCAGCCACUCGCAUCUCGAGAUGCUCCACGAGACCAACAUUAAAUCGGUGCAACGGGAGUCGUCGCAGACUGAGAAAGGUGCGGCAAUGUCAAAUUGCGCAUUGCCUGACUACAAGAAGUCGGCUUGCGAUCGCGAGCGCACUCGCAUGCGCGACAUGAAUCGCGCAUUUGAGUUGUUACGUUCCAAGUUGCCGAUAUGCAAGCCACCCGGUAAGAAGCUCUCCAAGAUCGAAUCUCUGCGCCACGCCAUCACGUAUAUCAGGCACUUGCAGAGUCUGCUGGAGCCGCAGUACAACUAUGUACCCAGCAUGCCCGAACGAUCCAGCGGCGGUGGCUACUACGCGGUACCAUCUGGUCCUCCGACGUCCUUCGAGGUGCAACAUCCGGCAGCUCGAUGGGAUUCUUUGGCCUACUAUCGAUAUGAUUAUCAUGCUCCCUUCGCCACCCCAUCGCCGCCAACUUUAGUAUCAUCCUUGCAACCGAGAUUACCGGUCGACCAAGACGACCGACAGUUCUCUUAUGAAGCACGCCACUAGAUCGUCUUGAAAUUAAUAGAGUAACUUCUUAGAUGUUUUAGAGAGAGCAUACAUUAUCAUCUCAAAUCCUCGAUGAAAAAGCGCAAUAUCAAACUUUCUGUAUUUGAAAUUUUUACAGGAUUUGUUCUUGUUGGCGCACUUUUUUACUUUUUUGCGAACAAUGAAUAUUUAGAGGAAAAAAAAGGAAAUAUAAGAUUGCAGGAAAACGUAGAAAAGUGCGGUUAAAAAGAAAAGAUCUCAUGAAUCAUGUAAAAAGCAGAAUUUAUACGAGUGUGCCUUAUUUAUAGAGACUAAACGAGCUUGUUUAUUUUUCUUCGUCGCUGUAAU